AUGACCAAACCCAUGUCAAUCCGAAUAGUCAAUACUGUCCGCUCAUACUCAACCCGCACCAAGCAGAGUCUGUCUCUCCCCGACGGCCGCACUCUCAGCUACGCCGAAUACGGCAUCCCAUCAGGCACGCCCCUACUGUAUCUCCACGGCUUCCCCUCCUCACGCCUGGAAGCCUCCGCAUUCGAUCCCAUCGCCCGCAGUCGCAAUCUCCGCAUCAUUGCACCAGAGCGGCCCGGAUACGGCCAAUCCACAUUCCAACCCAACCGCCAGAUACGCGACUACCCCGCCGACAUCCAGUCCCUGGCCGACCACCUCAACCUUCCCAGUUUCGCCGUCCUAGGCGGAUCCGGCGGUGGCCCGUACGCACUUGCAUGCGCGCACUCACUACCACACCACCGUCUCUCCGGCGUUGGGGUCCUCGCGGGCGCUGGACCAUGGAGCGCCGGUAUGCAGUACGUGUCGGUUUCAAGACGACUAACAUCGCUUGCGGCGACGCAUACACCGGUCGGAUUCCGACUAGUCCUGGAUGGGCUAGUUAAUGCUUUAAAAUGGACUGUAACCACGCGCCCCGCGACGCGGUGGAUCAACGCCUGGCUUGAGAAACAGGCUAGCUCUGAGAAGGGAACACUGAGCAUAGACGAGCGCCGGCAGAUGGUGCUGGAUAUGUCGUUUGAAGCGUUUGCGCAGGGCAGCGGUGCGACUGUGCAGGAGGCUGUUCUGCUAUCGCAUGAUUGGGGGUUUAGAUUUGAGGAUAUCGCCUAUGACAAGGUGAGGAUCUGGCAUGGUGUCAACGAUUCAAAUGCACCGGUUGAGAUGAUUAGGUAUAUGGCUGGGCGGAUUCCGCAUUGUGCGUUGACCGAGUUUGAUGAUACCCAUUAUACGGUUGCGAGGCAUAUUGAACGCAUUUUGGAUGAGCUUGUUCCUGUUGCUUGA